AACAGUAGCAGCACAAUGAAGUUCUUACUAGUGACGGCUGUGAUAUGCAGUGCCCUCGCACUAACGUUAGGCGUACCGGUGCCGGCAGCCAACCCGGACCCAGCCCCGGAACCGGCGGCACAACCAAAGACAGACAUCGAGCUGAUGAAGAUCCCUCUCGACGGCGAUAAGGAGCUGGACGUUAUUACCCUAGUCAACUCGGAGGAUCAGAAAAUCAACGAACGUAACAAGCGCACGAUCGGCAUCCUGCGGGAACUCUUCCCAACGAUCUCUCAGAUACUGGACCAAAAGAUACAGAUGAUUACGUCCUACCUGUUCCGUACGAUCGGUCCGAUACUGCUACGGAGCGGGCUCGGGCUGAGCGGUGGUGGUGCGGGCGACAGCAACAACAACCGUGGCUCCAGCUCCGACGACGAUGAUGAUGAUUUCGACUUCGACGACGACGACGACAGCGAUAAGGACGGCAAGCCGAAGGUGAGCAUCUCGCUGCCGACCUUCCCACCGUCGGACGAUGACGACGAGAAGGAGGCGACCGCCGCACCGUCACUGCGCCUCGGCGAGGACGAGGACAAGAAUGAGGUGCGGAAGCGGGCCACCGUCACGGUGGCGGCCACGGAACCGUCCAACGAACGGAUCGAUCUGCUCGCGUCCGGACAGUUCGGUGAGGCGAGCACGGGGACACCGGACGGUGUUACGACGACCGCACAGAACCCAACGACCGGUGCUACCGAAACCAAUCUGAUCACGACCAACGAGAACGCCAACACGCUCGAUACGCUCGAUCUGGCCGGUCUGAGCGAUACGCUGAACGCGAUCCGGGUAGCCCGUGCCACCAGCGAAGAGAAGGCCGCCUCGUCCAACGAUCAGAACGCGGCCGAAUCGUCCGCCAACAGCUCCAGCCUGGAUGAGCUGACGCUUGACUCCGAGGGCAACGAUGAGGAUCGUAACAAGAGAUUCCUGUCCUUCGGAGGUAGCAGCGGCGGCGGCGGCGGUUCCGGCAACUUCCUGUUUGAUAUCAUUCGCCGGGCAGCGGACCGUGCCGCACGUGCCGCCGGAACCGUGUAUCGGGUCGUGGCCGGCACCGAAUCGCUGACGACCGACGACAGUAAUGACGAUGGACAUUCCACUUCCUCUUCUGCCACCUCUCAUAGCCACUCUCCGCUUGUAUCGGGCAGCUCGGGCACAGAACAGAGCGACGAGAAGGCCCACUCUCCGGACGAUCAUGAUCUCGGCAAGGGUGACGGCUACACCGAGGGCAUCCCCGGACCGGUGACGCGUCUGUUCGUGCUGGCCAACCGCGGUCUCUCCAACCUCAUCCAGGAUCUGAUUCUGCGAAUCGCACAAACCAGUGAACGAGUGGUUAACUUCAAGGCACGUCUAAUUACGUCACUCAUCUAAGGUGUCUCGGGUAGUCUGUGUAUUAGUGGAUGGCCGUGUGUGAGCGAUGCGUAGGACCAUUCCUAUGCUCAUCUC